CCUUCCUCCGCUUCUUCCUUCUCUCUCGCACUCGAUCAGCAGCGUAUAGCCAUGGACUUCGGCGCGCUCAGCAGCGACUACUCCUCGUCGGGCACGCCGUCCCCGGUGGCCUUGGACGAGCCCGCGGGCUUCCCUGCGCCGACCUACAUGACGGUCUCCUCGGCGCCGCCGAAGCGCCGCGCGGGCCGGACCAAGUUCAAGGAGACGCGCCACCCGGUGUACAAGGGCGUGCGCCGGCGGAACCCGGGCAGGUGGAUUUGCGAGGUGCGCGAGCCGCACAGCAAGAGCCGCAUCUGGCUCGGCACCUUCGAGACCGCCGAGAUGGCGGCGCGCGCGCACGACGUCGCCGCCCUCGCGCUGCGCGGCCGCGCCGCAUGCCUCAACUUCGCCGACUCGCCCCGCCUGCUCCGCGUCCCGCCCGCCGGCGCCGGCCACGACGAGAUACGGCGCGCCGCCGCCGAGGCCGCCGAGGCGUUCCUGCCGCCGCCCGAUCAGGUUCAGGGCAAUGCCGCUUCCGCUUCCGCCGAGGGAGCAGCCGCCGCCGAUGCUGCACCCGAGGCGGCGCAGUUCCCGUACUACGCGAUGGACGACGGGAUGAUGGACUUCGGGAUGCAGGGCUACCUCGACAUGGCGCAAGGGAUGCUCAUUGCGCCUCCUCCCAUGAUGGCAGGCUCGUCCGCCAGUUUCGCCGCGGACGGCGACGACGACGGCGAGGUCAGCCUGUGGAGCUACUGACUGCAUGGAUGCGCGCGUUUGAACUACAUAUGGUCUAUGUGGCUCGCGCGCGCCAAGAACCUCUAAUGCCUGUGCAGCUUUAUACUAUAGCAAUCCAGUACCACUACGACAAGUGUACUACUGCAUGGUUUGCCCUUUCAUUUCCUUUCUCUCAACUUUACGUACGAGUAGAUGGUUGCUCUCUGAUGAACUGCGAUCAGAAGAAGCAGAAAGCCUCAUCUUAAGAUUAGUAGAUGGGGCAUCUGAAUGCAUGCCCGGGAUAUGAUUGUUCCAACUCCCAAGGAGUGUUGGAGCUAAUAAUAAGCUAUGUAUCUGCAAG